GCGCCUGCGCGACGCGCCGGGGCCCUGGGAUUGGGUAGAUCUCAGUUCCGUGCAACUUUCAAGUAAGUUACAAACUCGGCCCCAAGGCUGUUGCCGGAAACGGGGCGCCCUGAGACCGUGGGCACUCCCACUAGAGAAGGCCUCGACCCGCCACACUCCGCCUGGUGCCCGCAGCGGCGCCCAGGGGAGAGCAGAGCGCCUGGUUCUCCGAGACAGAACGUGCGGGUAGGAGCCGUAACUGCCCCGGCGGAAGAGCGCGUCCGCCCGCAUGCGCUCCAAGUCAGUUCCUGGGUGUUCUGGUCUCUUCGCCCCAGCCAGCUGGUCUUUCCGCACUGCGAAGUUGGGGGUCGGCGGACUCCACCCCUGCCAAGGGGCAGCUUGAGCGCUUGUCUGGUUCCAGCAUCUCUGCUGAUUCCCCCUUCCCAGCCCCGCGUGAGCGUCUCUCGGGGCGACUUCUUGGGGCUCUCCCUUCGCCCUUGAGACUGCAGGAUGGUGUGCUGGAUGAUCUGUCGCCUGGUGGUGCUGGUGUUUGGGAUGCUGUACCCAGCUUAUGCUUCCUACAAGGCUAUAAAAACCAGGAACGUUCGUGAAUAUGUCCGGUGGAUGAUGUAUUGGAUCGUCUUUGCACUCUUCAUGGCAUUGGAGAUGUUCACAGAUAUCUUUAUUUCCUGGUUCCCUUUCUACUAUGAGCUCAAGAUGGCCUUCGUCCUGUGGCUGCUGUCCCCCUACACCAAGGGGGCCAGCCUGCUUUACCGCAAAUUCGUCCACCUGUUCUUGUCGCGACAUGAGGAGGAGAUUGACACAUACAUCAUGCAGGCCAAGGAGAGCAUCUGUGAAACGGUGGUCAGCGUUGGAAAGCAGGGCCUCAACAUUGCUGCGACAGCCGCUGUGCAGGCUGCCACCAAGAGUCAGGAUGCGCUGGCCGGAAGGCUACACAGCUUUUCCAUGCAGGAUCUGCGCUCCAUCCCCGACACCUCUGCCUCCACCUACCAGGAUCCCCUCUACCUGGAGAACCAGGUUCCCCGCCGAAGGCCACCCAUCAGAUACCAAUCCCUGCAGCCCUACUACACAGGAUUCCCAGCCAGGGGCCAGCAGAACAGUGAGGAAGGGGAAUGGUCCGGUACUGAGGAUGAGGAAUCCGAUACUGAGGAUGAGAGGAAUGUUCCGAUACCGAGGCCGCCCCAUCCAACAACCCGGCUCCGAGAGAAGCCUCUGAGCCGCAGCCAGAGCCUGCGUGUGAUCAAGAGGAAGCCGCUGGUGCGGGAGGGCACCUCACGCUCCCUGAAGGUCCGGACAAGGAAAAAGACUGUGUCCUCAGACACGGGCAGCUAGGGUCUACAGAACCUGCCCAGUCUUAACCUCGUGCCCUGCAGGGUGCUGGGGCUGUUUGGAGGGGCCCUCUGGCUGCACGUCAGGCCUGCCUGCAUCAGCUGCCCAGGCUCUGCCCUCCUGGCUCUUGGCGGUUGGUUAAGGGCCAGGGGCAGGUGCUGAGGGGCCAUGCACAGAGAUGACCUGUUGUACAAUGUACCAAAGACUGUGCCCAGGGUUCUACUUAUUGCCUUUCUCAUCCCUCUACCUUGGCAUUGAUGGGACCAGAGACCUCCCAGUCCCCUGUGAAUGCAACCAAAGCCCACCCAGCUGUGUUCAUUCCUUCCUGUCCUUCAAAGUUCUCGAUAGCUUUCUCCAAGGCCUGUGUGUGUGUGUCCUCGUUGUGUGUGUUGUGUUGGUAAAUGACAUCAGAUUUGUGCAAGUUUUGAUAAAUAAAUGUAUAAAAAUGUUUUG